AUGGAGCCAGUGGUCAAUACUCAUUCAGACGCAACUAAAGAAGAUAUUCGUCAGAGGGUUUGGCACUACAUCGAAGAAAACAAUCUGGCAAAUUUUCCAAGACCCGUUUACAACAGAAUCCCAAAUUUCAAGGCUGCCGUUCAGGCCUGCAAUAAGCUCACAGAACUGCAGGAGUUCAAGUCCAGCCAAACGAUCAAAGGUGCCUCCACGGCCUGUGCUAAAGUAUCUGAACUACAAGAGUUCACAAAUGCAGAAGAGGUAAAGGUGGACCCUGACAAGCCUCUGGAGGAGGCCCGUCUGCUCAUAUUGCAGGCACAGAAAACAUUAUUGGUUCCUACUCCUCGCCUGCGGUCAGGCCUAUUUAACAGGAUCAUCCCUCCUCCACAAGCCACAAAAAAAGUACUUCAUAUAUGCGCUAGUUCACAGGGUGUGAAGGACUUCAGUGUGCCGGUGGGACUGGACGAUAAAGUCAAGGUCGACCUGGUGGUGGUUGGCUCUGUUGCGGUGUCUGAACAAGGUCUUCGCAUUGGAAAAGGAGAGGGAUUUGCUGACAUGGAGUAUGGCAUGAUGGCCUCGAUGGGGGCAGUUACUGAGUCUACUGUGGUGGUUACAAUUGUGCAUGACUGCCAGGUGGUGGAAAUUCCAGAGAGCCUCAUUGAGAACCAUGAUUUGACUGUGGACUACAUCCUUACACCCACCAGAGUUAUCAAAACUAACUGUCAGCGCCCAAAACCACAAGGGAUCAUCUGGUCCAAGCUGGACACUGACAAGUUGGAGAAGAUACCCAUUUUAAAGACCCUGCGUGGUCUUGAGGAAGAGAUGGGGAAGGACGUUACUCUGGGGAUGGUCCCCACUAAAGCUGAGGCCAGUGGGGCCAAAUAUCCAGCCACAAGGAGGCCAAGAAAGAACACCCUUAAAAAUGUGGAGGAGGAAUCCAAACAUGAGCCGGGGGAACCGUCUCAGCAGAGCAGACCACGAAGACCCAGAGUGAGAAAAGAAAAGGCAGAUGGCUCAGGAGAUAAUCAGGAAGAGUGCCCAAUAACUGCUGUUGGUCCACGGAGGCAAAAGGUUUCAGAAGAGUGGUCUCGCUCAAAGAUCCCAGACACGGCAACCAGUCUGUAUGUUGGAGGCAUCCCGCCCGAGCUGCGUGUGAGUGAGUUGAAGACGAUGCUCAGAGAGAAGGCUGCUGUCCCACUCAGGCUCACCUGGCAGGGAGCUCUGCACAGGGCCUUCCUGGACUACACUGACCCCCAGGCGGCUGACCAGGCCCUCUCAGCCCUGCAGGACCUCACUGUGAACGGCUGUGAGCUGCAGGUGGAGCUGGCCAAGAGCCAACGAAAAACCUGGAGACCACCCCGCCAGAACAAACCAGCUCAACAGGAAGCUGAAGCUCCCAAUGCUGAAGAACAAAAUCCCAGCUUGGACAUUAAUAAUGAAUGA